AUGGAUCCGAAUUUGAGACCAGUUGCCGUCAAACGGUCCCAAAAACAAUGGGAUCAACCGAAAAAUGCCUCGCCGCCACCUCAAUUAACAGUUUACAACAGCUUGACUCGUCAGAAGGAAGUUUUUGUUCCAAAUGAGGGGAAACGAGUCAGAUGGUACAUUUGCGGACCAACAGUUUAUGACUCAUCUCAUAUGGGACAUGCACGGUCCUAUCUGUCCCUGGACAUUCUUCGACGAGUUUUUCGAGAUUAUUUUGGGUAUGAUGUGGAGUUCAUCAUGAACAUCACAGACGUCGACGAUAAAAUCAUCAAGAGAGCUCGUCAGAGUCAUUUGCUCAAGUCUUACUUCAACGAGUCGCAAGCUCCAUCGGUUGUCAAAGUCUGUGAAGAUGUGGUUGCUGCACUUGAACACUUUGACAAGAAGUUUGAGAAUGAAACUGAUCCCGACAAAAAGAAAAUGCUUGAAGUUAUGAUCAAAAAAGUCAAAGAACAAUCUGAUGCUCUCGAGAAAGCAAUGGAGGCUCAGGAUCCUAUCGCCACGGAAGAAGCUAAGGGUCGUCUGCUCAAUGAGUCUCGUGAUGUUCUUUCGGAAUGGCUGGAUCACAAUCAUGGAAAAGAUGUCAGAGACCACAGUGUUUUUGAUGAUCUUGCUAAGACUUACGAAAAAGAGUUCCUUGCUGAUAUGGCUCGAUUGAACGUUCUCCCUGUCGACGUCUUGACUCGUGUCUCUGAAUACGUUCCGGAAGUUAUCACCUAUGUGAAGAAAAUCAUCAACAAUGGCUAUGCAUACGCUGCUGAAGACGGAAGUGUCUAUUUCGAUACAAAAGCUUUCGAGCAGAAUCCAAAACAUUUCUAUGCAAAACUUGUACCAGAAGCUUACGGUGAUGACAGUGAAUUGCUGCUGAAGAACAUGCGUGAAGGUGAAGGGGAAUUGAGUAUGUCUGACGAACGGCUCAAAUCAAAGCGUAACCCGACAGAUUUCGCUCUUUGGAAGUCAUCAAAAGAUGGUGAACCUUUCUGGCCAUCAGAAUGGGGAAAUGGAAGACCGGGUUGGCAUAUCGAGUGCUCGGUCAUGUCUUCCGCCAUUUGCGGAUCGAAGCUUGAUAUUCACGCUGGUGGCUUCGAUCUGAAAUUCCCUCAUCACGAUAACGAAAUCGCUCAAGUUGAGGCACAUUAUGAUGAUCCUCACUGGGUCAACUAUUUCCUUCAUUGUGGAACUCUUCGUAUUCAAGGAAUGAAAAUGUCCAAGUCUCUGAAAAACUUCAUUACUAUUCGCAAAGCUCUGGAAGAUUACACUCCACGACAACUGCGCCUUCUUUUCUUGAUGCACAAUUGGGCAGAUGUCCUGGACUACAGUUCUUCAACUAUGGAGCGUGCUCUGCAGUUUGAAAAAAUCACCAAUGAGUUCUUCCUCCUCGUCAAGGACUUUUUGAGAAGACACUACAAACCAGACAGAUCAGAAGGAUAUCAAAAAUAUCAAGCCAGAGAACUGAAACUCAUGGCUGAGUUUGGCAAUCUAAAGUCAGAAGUCCAUGCGGCCCUCUGCGAUUCUGUCGAUACUAGAACUGUCAUUGAGAAGUUCCGUGAGCUUAUUGGUCUUGGAAAUGCCUACAUUGCUGAAAAGGAGAAAGAAGGACUUGUUCCCAAUUGCCUUCUCUUGAGAAAUAUCGCCGCCUACAUCACGAAUCUUCUCAAAAUUUUCGGAGCCAUUCCGCAAAGCAAUCAAGAAAUCGGAUUCAUUUCCGAAGACGAGUGA